AUGGCACUAAAGGAGAAGAAGAACAUCGAUCAUAUCGACGUGAAGGGCAAGAGGGUCCUCCUCCGCGUGGACUUCAACGUCCCUGUGAAGGAUGGGGUCAUCACGAAUGACCACCGCAUUCGCUCCGCCCUGCCGACGAUCCAGAAGGUGCUGGAGUCUGGCGGUAGCUGCGUGCUGAUGAGCCACCUUGGCCGCCCAAAGGGCGUGUCGAUGACAGCAGCGGCUGCUUCCGGCGGCAGCAGUGUGCCUGGCUACGAGGCGGGAGCGACGCUGGAGCCUGUGGCAAAACGCCUCAAAGAACUCCUCAACCUUCCGGUCGCCUUUGCGCAGGACUGCCUGAACGCCGCAUCCAUUGUUGAGGAUUUGCAGCCUGGC